AUGCAGUGUGCACAGCUUCAAGGAGACCCGGCAGCAGAGUGGAAAGCCGCUAAUGGCGAUGCUGCCUGGAAUACUACCACUGCCUCGUGGCGCCAGCUACAAUCGAAAGGGAAGGCCUUCCCUCGGUUCGUGAGCGAGUUUCUCCACGGACCGGACGGGAUGCGAUGCAGUGAUUUCGCGACAGAGAAUCGUUGCGCCAUGCCCGUCGAGUGUCAAAAUAACAUUAUCCCCGCUGGUUCGGUGAUUCUGAAUGGGUUUGUGGCAAUCCACCAGCUUCACGCCUCGAACUAUCAAGGCAUCGACAGCCUCGAGGCAGACCUCACGGCGGAGGUCGGAACAUUUCGGGAUACAUUUGCCCCAGAGGAGCAAGAUGAGAGCAAAGCCAAGAAGAACAUCUUUGACUCCAUCAUGCUAGUACUGAUGCUUGGGGAGUCUCUGAUAUUUAGCGCCGGUAUGUUGCAAGCCCCACCCCCCCCACCGGUUCAGAGUUGCAGGCUAAGUCUUAGCACCCAUAGCGCUGAUCUAACUAUGUACAGUGCGGUCGAGGGCCUAAAGGUACAGAACGAUAUCAGCUCAUAUCUAGGACAGACCAUGCUGGCCUGGAAGGGCCUGGAGUCUCAGUAUCUGCAGUCUAUAUUCUCCGGCUCGGAUGAUAGCAACAAGAAAUUGUAUGAUAUCAUCCACCACGGCGUCCAACAAGAUCCCAUCAACACCCUCGACCUAAACAAGACAAUGGGAGAAAUGAAAAAAGCCAUAUAUGGCCAGAUGAUCCCCUAUGCGUGGAGCGUUGCCCCGGGUGACAAGCGCCCCUUUAUCUGGCGAACAAUUUAUGACUGCGAUGAGAAUACAAAGGACAUUCCGGAGGAAUACAACAGUCCUCUUGAUCAGAAGUUCGCUGUCGACACCAACGUCUGCCAUGAUGGGAAGAUUCAUUAUCUUCUCGCCGCUUACAACAAGGACAUGUCCAACUACGGACUAGACCGACUACCUGGUGGUGUGCACUCCACACUAGAUGGGUCUCGGUGGGGUGGGCUUACUCUCGAGCAAAUCGUUGCGAGCAGCAUCGCAGGGUGGAAGAACAACAAUCAGAAGAACGGAUAUCCGCGCCCGAACAUGGACGACAUCAUUGGUAAAUUCGGCAAGGAAAAGGUCGAUCUGAGCAUGGCCGGAUUCUUCAACUUUCCUAUCUGCACGGGACUAUAUAGACGCGGCAUCGAGGAUGUGAUCUCGCGCGGCAAUCCCGACGACCCUUCGUGGCCGUGCGACAGCGCGGAGGGAUAUAGUAGUAGUGGUACCAACAUCAACAUUGCACGGGGCUGUAUUGUGAUCAACGAUUCCAAGCGCUGCGCGCAGGGAACCGGUGGUGCAUAUAACGUCGCGGAUCAAAGCAAGGAGAAGAACACUGCCACGAUCUAUGCUGGGUUUGAUGGUGAUGACCACAUUCAUGACAGGGUGACUCCACCGUGCAAACUAAAUGCCGAAUGGCCCCGGAACUGGGGAGACUUGGAUUUCGACAACAACUGCCUUAAGAGUCGGGAUGAGAGUUACGAACUGUGCUGCUCGGACAAGACCAAGACAAGCGAUGUCGUUAUCAAUCCAUAUGUGCCUCAGGACUAGUCCUUUUUUUCUGGGGUAGCCAGGAUGGGUUGGUUUGGGAUGCAUAUGCCAUAGUGCUAUGGUAACCGUAUCUCGUUGUUUCCUUUCUGAUAGUGGAAGGGCUGGGCGUUGAAUAGUAUUCAAUUUAUCUAAA